CUCGGGCAGGGAGCACCCUCUGCUGGGAGCGGCAGAGAGGGAAUCCGCCCUCACAGCCCUCAGCAGCUCGGGCAGGCGGGGCUCCAUCGCGGGGCGACUCCUGGGGAAAGGAAGGGGCGGCACGCCUGUGUGCCUGCCUGGGAGGGCGCCCCUUUUCCUGUGUAAUGAGGGCUGCGCAGCGCCCGGUCGCAGACUGUGAGCACGAACAGCGGCUGACCGUCGACCUGCCAUGUGGCACUGGCUGUGCCCUGCCACCUCCCCUGGCACAGCUUCCAGCCCAAAAGACGCCCAGCCCCACCGGCGCAGCACCCGUGGCCCAGCCCUUGCUCGGCCCCAGCCCUGACCGCAGCCGUCCCAGCUGCUCCCCACAGCUCCGCUUCCCAGCAGUGCCUCACUCGGUGCCAAAAGCAGGGGGGAAUAGGCAAUAUCGGGGAGCAGGGACAUCCCUGCCCACAUGGCUCUGCAGGACCCUGCACAGGAGCGGGGAUGCAGGGCCUGCUCCUCACAGCACUGUCAUCUGGCCUGAAUAAAAAGGCAGGUUGUGCCCCAAAAUCUCACAUUGCAAAGGCAAGCAGGAGGCCCCUGCUGUGCCUCAGGCCAUUUCCCUGCCCCGGCCGAGCUGCUGCCCAAACAGUACUUUAACCCAGCUCAGGCUGGGUGUGUUUAAAUAAACACGGGAGGUUCCCCACCACCCUUCCCUCGGCCCGAGGCGCUCGGCAGCGCUCAGCGCCCCGCACACCCCAGAAAUGCGCUUCCUUCCCCGCCUCGGCCUCUCGGCCGCCCUGACCCUCGCCGCCUUCCUCAGCUGGAGGCUGCUGCUCCGGACCCCGGCCCGCCGCCCCCCAGGUGACCUCUCCCCCAAGGCAGAGGGGGGCUUCACUUUGACACUGGACACCUUCCUUCACAUCCAGCAGCUCAGGAAGAAGAGACUGAGAACUUUCUGCAGCCAAGCAGGCAAAGUCACUGCGCUGCCGAGCAGCCGAGAUGAGAGAGCCUCCCUGCUCCCAAGUCUGAGGGUGAACACCAAGCUGGACUUCCUGUACUGCCAAGCGCCAUCAACCGGGGUGGAGGAAUGGCAUCAGCUGUUGGAGAAGCUAGAGGAGGGAAGUGUGACGCUGCCAGUGCCGCUCCCCUACCCCCGGCUGCGCACGAAGGAGACACGGCUGAGCAAGUUCAACCAGACAGAGAUAAAGGCCAUGCUGGGGUCUUACACCAAAGUGCUGUUUGUCAGGGAGCCUUUCCACAGGCUGAUCGCCACAUUCCUGCAAGGCAUGGGCAUCAGCUCAUCCUUCAGCAGCUUCAUCCAGGAAGUGCUAGACAGUGGCAUGCACAACGGCAGCGUGGCUUGGAAACCACUGGUGAGCCUGUGCCGGCCCUGCCUCAUCCAGUAUGACUAUGUAGUGAUGUUUGGCUUCCUCGGGCAGGAGCUGGGCCACCUGCUGCGCCGGGCUGGGCUGCCCGGGGACAGCCUCCUCCCCGAGCUCACCGACAGCCAGGUGCAGUGGACCUACAGGUGGCUGUCAGAGCAGAUGUUCAGCGAGCUGUCUGCCCAACAGAAGAAGCAGCUGUCUCAUUUCUACCGCUGGGACCUUGCUGCUUUCCCAUUUUCUAACAGUUUCCUGUCAGACCACACCAGCACUGCAGAGACCUGGGAGAAAUAGCCCACAUGGAGGAACUGGUUCAGGCAGCAUUAAUCCAAAGGCAAGUGCUUCAAGAUACUAACAGGCCUUUGCUUCCCAGCUGCUUGCAGUGAGGUUUUCCAUGUCACAGUCCAAGAGACUCAUCAGAGAGCUGAGACAGACCAUUGCCAGGGACGGGGAUCGGUGCUGUUGAAUCGCAUUUAAACACGACAAGAGCAGGCACUACAGAAAUGUGUGGCACUGGGACUUGGAAAACUGUAUGAAUUGAACUGUGAUGGGAUAAACCCAGCAGUUUGGGGUAGGGUGGGUUGCACUGCAGCAAACAGCAGCAUUACAAGUGCUGUGACUGCACUGACAUUUCCUUUUCUGGGCUCUGCGUUGAGCCAAGAGGUUUGGCAAUGGCCUCUUCAUGACCAAUCUUCCCACACACAUAGGGAAGUGCUCCCAAAGGAGCAUGUCACCUGGAGGCUGAAAUAUGACACAGGGUGGCACACCUUGCUGAGGAACCACUGGCAGUGUUCCCAAUCUUUUCAUGGUCAGGGAGGGUCAAGCCCAGAUUGUCAUUUGGUCUUUUCAGGCUGUGUGAACUGUUCUGUUUUACAACCUCAUAUCCACACAUAACCACACAUAGUGUGUGGGCUCAAGUGGGCCCUGGGGCUGGGACUCAGUUCUUGCUCCAUUCACAGAUCUUGAGUAUGGCUCCCCUCCUUCCAGGGCUGACUCCAAUAGGCCAAGGCCAGCCUUCAGCUCAGUGCACUAGCCCUGAGACAAGGAAGUGUCAGUGUGGACCAGGUACCAGCCACAGCACCAGACAGACUGCCGCCCACCUUGUGUCAGCAACUGGUGGGCCCUGUGGAGGUGGCUAGAAGCAUCAGAAUGCAUCACUGUGCUGCCGUGGAAAACAGGAUGUGGCUACUACAAGCUGCUGCUGGCAGAGAAGCACAAGGACUGACUCUGCUUUCUUUUGGACUUGGCUGCCAGCGUGGCCAGACAGAGGCCCAGUCUCUCCAGCUGGCACACGGCUUCAUCCAGCUGGGGAGCCCGGAGCAAUCACCCGCCCUCUCCCAGCUUUGGCCACUGAGGUGAUCUGACUCACAGCCCAUGGGAAGGGCCCAAGGAUGAGCUGAAGUUGCCUAGAUUUCAAAUCCUGACGGACUCUGACCAUAGGAUAUUUGUUUCCAGAGUAUUUAGCAGCUUUAUUUUGCAAUGUUGUGACAUUCACAGAGAAUUCCACAUACAUUCAUGGUACCAAUUCGACAGUGCUCAUUAAAGAAUGUUAGUGAAAACUGUUGAUUAGAACGGACCUAAAACAAUUACCAAAAUCUUGGCCUCGCUCUCUCACAGAAAGCCAUGCAAUUAAUAGCAUUAAAACAUCAGAUCAGCUGGGCUCCUUUCACACUCCCACAAACUCUCCAGCUGCAGUAAUUACUAUUUAAGUGCCAUUAUUGUGCGCAGUACUUUACAGUCUAGCAAGAUGGCAUAGUUCCUCUUCUGAGGAUAGACUUCUGAAAGAAGAAAAGCAGCAAAUUUCCAAUUAUAUGCCAUUAAAUUAGAGUCUUGUAUCCGUGCUCUAUUUCACUGGAAAGUACUAGAAAAGGAACAUUUUUCUCUUCAUGAGUAGCUUUCCCUCCAAUGACGUGAGAUGAAGCCUCACACAGCAAGAUGGGGUGUGAGGAGAUGGGACACAGCACCUGGCAGGGGACAGUGCUGUGCACUCAGGGCAGGAGAGCUGCUCCCCCACAGUUUUGCAGUGCAGAGCACACCUCAAGUCAGGGAUCUUCUCUUCCUGCCAGCCCUCCCCAGCCUUUUCCUAAGGUGCCAGGCACUUAGUUCCAUGGGAAAGCAAUGUAUGAAAUGUUCAGACAUUGAGAGGUGACAGCAAAACCUCAGCUUCAUGCUCCUUAGAGUCCCACAGCACAGGCAGGUAGUACAAUGACAUUUCUGUAAAUCCUGUUUAGCCUCCAAGCUUGCCUUUUCCCUACACCCUCCCAAUCGGUUGCUGUCAUUACUUUGCAACCUUGAUUUUAUACCAUUGCCCUCCCCAGGUGUUUGGUACAAUUUACAUUCAAUUCCAGUGCACCUCAAAAGGGAAGUGUUUCCUCUCUCCAUCAGCUGGGCAAGGGUAUCAAGAGGGCCCCAAGCUGGGCUGGGCAUGAGGCUGCUGCCUGGGAAAGAAUAGCUCACUGAUGCUGCAACAAAACUGGCUCCACAGGUCUGCUCUGAACAGCCUGUUCUGACCUCUGCACGUACACAGAACUUGGCAAAUGUGCUUCAAAUUAACUCACAAAGCAAGUAGCAAAACAGA